CAUAGCAACACACUUACACACAUAACCAUGGCGAAGUUGCGUGCACCAGUAAUCAUCAAAUUGAUCUUGGCCGACAAAUAGCAUUAUAGAUCCCAUUCCCAUCCAUCUUAAAUUAAUUAUUUAUUAUUGUUUGUUUUUGGCAAGAGCAGAGAAUUCUCCCAUCGCCAUCAUCGAUAUCCAACGCAAUCCCUUCAUUCUCUCAUCUAUCGCACUUUCCUUUCCCGUUUGUCAUUCGAACCGACUUUCGGCUUCCCGUGUAUACAUAGCAUGUCCUACCACCCAGCGGACAACUUCCAUCACAUGGCAGUAGAAGAUGGGGAAGUGCCAGAUUUUGUUGAUGAAAUGGACGAAGAAAACUAUGACCAAGGUGGUGAAGCAAUGGAUCUUAAUGAAUAUGAAAUGCUCACCAGGGUGUCUGAUAUAUCUUCUGCGCAAGCAAGGGCAGGGAAAGACCUUCAAGGUAUUCCAUGGGAGGGGUUGAACAUAACGAGAGAAGAAUAUAGGUUGAUGAGGCUUGAGCAGUACAAGAAUUACGAAAACAUUCCUUCAUCAGGGGAAGCUGUAGACAAGGAAUGUAAGCAGAUGGAGAAGGGUGGAAACUAUUAUGAGUUCUUUCACAAUACGAGAUUAGUUAAGCCUACUAUUCUUCAUUUUCAGCUAAGGAACUUGGUUUGGGCUACGUCAAAACAUGAUGUUUAUCUCAUGUCUAACUAUUCUGUUAUGCAUUGGUCAUCGCUGUCUUGCAAUUUGUCAGAAGUCAUCAACUUUGCUGGACAUGUUGCACCUGUAGAGAAACAUCCAGGAAGUUUAUUGGAAGGUUUCACACAAACUCAAAUAAGCACUUUGGCAGUCAAGGAUAAUUUUCUGGUUGCAGGAGGCUUCCAAGGAGAGCUUACUUGCAAGCGUUUGGACAAACAAGGAGUUAGCUUCUGUGCUCGCACCACGUAUGAUGAUAAUGCCAUCACAAACGCUAUUGAGAUAUACGACAGCUUAAGGGGUGGAGUACACUUCAUGGCGUCAAAUAAUGAUUGUGGUUUAAGAGAAUAUGACAUGGAGAGGUUUCAAAUAUUAAAUCAUUUCCGUUACCCCUGGCCAGUGAAUCAUACCUCGUUGAGUCCUGAUCGUAGGUUAAUAGCUGUUGUUGGGGAUAACCUGGAUGGAUUGCUUGUGGAUGCGCAAAAUGGAAAGACUUUAUCUACAGUGGCGGGCCAUCUGGAUUACUCUUUCGCAACAGCAUGGCACCCGGAUGGGCAGACUUUUGCCACAGGUAAUCAGGAUAAGACUUGCCGAGUAUGGGAUAUUAGAAACCUGUCGCUGCCUGUUGCAAUUCUGAAGGGAAAUUUGGGGGCUGUUCGAUCAAUUCGCUUCUCAUCAGAUGGCCAAUUCAUGGUGGUUGCUGAACCUGCUGAUUUUGUACAUGUGUAUAGUACAAAAGCCGAUUAUAAAAGGAGGCAAGAGAUUGAUUUCUUUGGCGAGAUUUCGGGUGUAGCGCUCAGCCCAGAUGAUGAAUCUCUGUAUAUAGGAAUCUGGGACCGAACUUACGGAAGUUUGCUGCAGUUUAACAAAAGGCAUAACUAUGGGUAUCUUGAUUCUUACUUAUAACUGAUGAAGCAGAAACUUUGUUCUGGGACUUGUGAUGGAUGAGUUGGCCAAACGUUUUUUGCAUCCUUCUGAUGAUUCAGUCGUAUUCAAUGAUAGAAUAACAUAUCCUUGGCUAGAACCUCGUUCAGAACAUGUACAGUGACAAACUUGAUCCUUACUGAUAAGUGAAAGAAGCUCUCAGUGUGUUGUGUACUCAUGACCAAGUGGAAGAUAUAGGUUGUUGCUCUCUGCGCAACAACCUGUGCGUUCAUGCUGAUGGUGGCGAAUUCUGCUUAUAUCGUUCUGUCCAUGUGGGGGUUCAUUGUUCUGUGCUCGAGGGGAAGUUGCGAUUUCUUUGAAAUCAAAUCAAAGAGGAAGCAGUCUAUAGAAAUGAAAGAAGUAUGUAUCGGUUGGCUUACAGCAUGUUUUCGUACUGUGAAUUCUUGGGAGACUAGAAUCUUCGAACUUGGGAGUUUUUUUACGGACCAACACUAUUGAAAAUUUCAAAUACUAAAAUAACAGUCUGUUUGCUUGGAAA